AUGGCGAGCACAAGGACUUACAGCGAAGCGGUUUCUCUGCUCAACACCUGCCAGUCCAAUGCUGCCACCAUCGAAGCUAUCCGGAAAUCUGGUGGACGGCUGAACGAAUAUGCGGUCGCUGAAAUGCACGACUAUCUUCGUCGUAUUGGCUACAAGCCCGAGGACUUGAAUGCGCUCAAUGUUGUGCACAUUACCGGUACCAAGGGCAAGGGCUCGACUUCAGCCUUUACCGAGCGUGUCCUUCGCGCCCAUAUGCCAGAGAAGAAGAUUGGUCUCUACACUUCUCCUCAUCUUUGUGCUGUACGCGAAAGGAUCAGGGUGAACGGAGAACCCAUUUCCGAAACUGAAUUUUCCAAAUUCUUUUUCGAAGUCUGGGAUAGGCUUGAGGCGGACCCCAAGCCCCUUACCGAGCGGACCCCCCAAUAUCCUGUCUACUUCCGUCUCCUCACCCUUCUCGCCUUCCACACCUUCCUCUCCCUCGGCGUCUCUGCUACCGUCCUCGAAGUGGGUAUCGGCGGUCUGUACGACUCGACCAAUAUCGUGCCCAAGCCUAUUGUGACCGGUAUCACCUCGCUGGGUUUGGACCACACUGCAGUACUAGGCAACACGAUUGAGGAAAUUGCUAGGAACAAGGCAGGAAUCUACAAGAAGGGUAUACCGGCAUUAAGUGUCGAACAGGAGCGAGGUGGAGAGGUGCUGGAGGAAACAGCUCGGGCGAACGGCGCGAUCUUUGAGGUUGUCCCUACUAUUGAGCCCACACCUCUGGGUCUUCCCGGAGCUCACCAACGCAUCAACGCCUCUCUCGCCGUCGCCCUCUCUUCCAAGUUCCUCACUCUCCAAAACUAUCCUUUCCAGCCCGCUCAACCUCCCUCCCUCAUCCCCGCCUCUUUCAUCAAGCUCCUCGCCUCCGCACACUGGCCUGGAAGAUGUCAGCUGGUCGAGCAAGGCAAGACCACUUGGUUGCUCGAUGGCGCGCACACCGUAGAGUCGUUGAGGUCUUGUGGAGAAUGGGCUUGGGGGCUGGAGAAGAAGGUACCGGAGGUGUUGAUCUUCAACUGCAGUGGUGGCCGAGCGGCGGAGAGCUUGUUGGUCGAGCUUUUGGAGGCUGGUGCGAGGACUAGAGGUAGAAACAGGGAUGAGGUUGCGAGCAAGUUUGACAGCGUCAUCUUUUGUACCAACGUGACCUACACCGAUGGCCAUUUCAAGUCUGACCUCGAUUCCAAGGCCAUUGACCCCAACGACCUCUCUCAACUCGCGACCCAGAACGCUCUCCGCGACGCUUGGCUUCGCCUCAACCCUUCCUUCCCUGCCGACCGGGUAUACGCUCUUCCCUCUAUCCAGCACGCCAUUAAGAUCGUCAGAGAUCUCGAGGACAAGACUGUACUUGUGGCUGGUAGUUUGCAUCUGGUGGGAGGAGUCAUGGAAGUGGCUGGGUUGCAAGAGGCGUUGAGUAUGGAAUAG